UUGAUUUACCUCUCAUGGAACUUAAAAAUUAACUUUAUUUUCGUUUAAAUAAAAGCUCUCACCAUUAGGAACUCCAAUAUAGAUUUAAAUUACUUCAUUCUGAAGAAAUUGCAAUGAUACGUCGCCUCCUAUAACUUUCUAAACAUUUUAGUUGAUGGUUGAAUUUAUAAAAACUGACGAUGCACAUCCUGUGCACGAUAUGCAGCGACCUGGUGAACCCGGCCGAGAGCCUGUACGUCACCAAGUGCGGCCAUCUCUUCCACUACCAGUGUCUCGCGCAAUGGAUCGAAAGAUCGAAAUCCUGCCCACAAUGCCGCAACAAGGUGACAGACCGGUGCAUGUUCCGCAUGUACCCGACGGUGUCCAACGAGAACUCCGGGGAAGAUGCAGCAACUCUGCAGUCAAGGCUAGACGAUGCCAUGCUGCAACUGCGGACACAGAAGACAGAGCAGAGGGAACUGAAGGACAAGCUUGCUGCCGCCACAAAAGAGGCUAACAAAAAAGAGGAGCUACUAAAAGCGGCAGAGAAGAGACUUGUAAGCCGAGACUCGGCCGUCUCAGCGCUGCGGGAACAGCUAGAGUAUGUUAAAAUACAAAACAAGGAGACACAACGGCUAAAGGAAGAGAAUGAGGCACUAAAGAAGAAUAUACAGACUCUGAAUGGGCUGCAGAAGGUGCUGAAUGCGACCGCAGGCGAAGUGGAGGAGACGCUUCGAGGCUAUUCGGAUUUGCGGACGCUUGCCACCUUCGCCGCCGCACUCAAACGUGCACUGUGUGACUCGGAGUCCAAGAAACGCUCGUGCCGGGAGUUACAGCACAGCGCUGAACAACGUUUGGCCGCCAUGCGCGUCAGAUAUGAGGACCUGCAGGCUAAGUUUGGACAAGUGCAAGAGAACCUAACCGACAUGGAGCGCAAAUACGAAGCGUUAAAACACAAGCGGAAAGCGAGCGGCGACGCGGAGCCGCGCGACGCCAAGCAGGCGCGCCCCUCGCCCGCCUCCCCCGCCACCCCCGCCACCGCCGCCACCGCCGCCAUCGCCAGGCUGAGCAGCAGCUUCGACGAUGAUGUCGUCGACGUCGUUACUGAGAAGGAAGAUAGCUUUAACACGGCUGUGAGACGCAUCAUACAGUCGGACUCCCCCUAUUUGAACCUGAAGCAGAGCGGUCUCGCGCUGGGCACUUUACAUCAACGGAAGCCUGUGCCGGCCAAUCUAAAGCUGUCAGAUUUCUCGAUCCUCCGCUGCGCGCCAACCAGCAUCUUCCACAAGCCACCACCCCUCGAGCCCUCCCGCGACGAGUUCAACACGGCCUUCACCUCCCUCCCCCCCGCCGCCCUCUACGACGGGCUGGGCGGCCACGGCCUCCCCGACGUCUUUCCCACCCCCCGCCCCAAGGUGCCUAAGGUCACCAGCAAGCAUAAGCUGAAGAGGUUCAACUCGACUGGUAACAGGGACAUAUCGCAGAUGUUCGCCGGACUACGGGAUAAGGACUAAGGCUGAAUUGAUAAUUGGAUAAGCCAAUUGAUAAUCUAAUCAUCUUACUUUUUAGAUAAAUUGAGCGUAGUCGACCUGCCGUUCGGGUAUCUGGGAUACAAAAUGUAGAUGGCCUGAUGUUCGCCGGGCUACGGGACUACGCGCUACACUAACUAGAGUGUGUGUAGAUAUAUCAUAUUGGACACCCGGCUCGCUUAGCCAUUUCUGCCGCUGACUGUAUUAAAAGCAACAUUGCUAUAUUUGAUAUACCUAAAGACGUAGCAGUAAAGUUUACGAAAAAACAGAGUUAGACCAACAUAAAUCUGCAACGAUUUUGAUAGCACACGCAGUGCAAGUGUAAUGUCAUAGAACUUUGACGUUUAAAAUAACACUUGCUCUGCGUGUGUUAUCAAAAUCGUUGCAGACUUGUCUUGGUCUGACUACAACAGUAUUGAUUAUGGUACAUUAAGUACCAAAUCAACCAGCUAAAUCAAGACUAGAAUUAAACAUAAGAUGAUAAGAUUGAUAAGACUCACAUCACAAACAUAAAAUUUCCAAAUCACUACUUACUGGAUAUUACCUACUUUAUAAGGUCCUUACAAGUUGAUAUUGAAGUUGGCCAUAUUGUAGCAUAAUAAGUUAUUUGAUUGUCGACGAUAUUUCGUUGUAUCUGGUUGUAUUAUACCUAGUUAAGGCUACCUCAGUUUUGAUGUUAAUCUUGCAUAUUAUCCAAGAU